UGGGCGUCUUAACAGUGAGCGCCUAAGCUUCGUUGUAUGAGAGGCGCAGAUGUCAGAGACACCCUGCGGUGGGCGAAGCCUCCUCACCCACCGCCUCUUCGUCUCAAAGACUACACUCCCCAGAGGCCCGCGCGGCCACUUCCGCCGUCCCACGCGCUCUCCUGGCGGUGGAGUUUACGUAGCAGGAGCACUUCCGGUCUAUGGGUCCCGCCCCCUCGCUGGUUGGCGGCGGGUUAGGCCUCCCUCUUCGAGUCUCUUGCAUGCUUCUGCGCUUGAUUCCCGAGCGUCAGCCUCAGGAUUGGCAACGUGCACCCCGCGUUCCAUCCCCAGCUCUGUCUUCUGAGACUUUGCCCUUCUCCAGGGAGAGCAUUCAGGAGACCAGGAAAAUGGCCACGGGGCUUCUGAAAGCCAAAAAAGAGGCGUUCGUGGCAUUCAGGGAUGUGGCUGUGGACUUCACCCAGGAGGAGUGGAGGUUGUUGAGCCCAGCUCAGAGGACCCUGCACAGGGAAGUGAUGCUGGAGACCUACAACCACCUGGUCUCACUAGAAAUACCGUUUUCCAAACCAAAACUUAUUUCUCAGCUGGAGCAAGGGGAAGAACCUUGGAUAGAGGAGAGACAACAUCCACUGGGCCUCUGUCCAGGAUCAAAGCUAAACAUUCAGCUUUGUCCCCACUGCCCCCUGGCAUUCACUAGUCAGCAAGGCCUCAGCCAGCAUGUGUGGUUCAGUCACCUGCCGCAGCUCUUCUCAAGUUUACAUGCAGGAAAUCAUCUCCAUCCAGGGAAACACUAUCCAGAAGAUCAGAAACAGCAGCCAAAGCAGCUCUUUGGUCAGACCUGCUUGAGUGACAAAACAGAAAUUCAAGAGGCAGAAGACCCCAAGCUCUUGUCUGGGAGAAGAGUAAGCAAAAGCAUCACUUCAGAGGUAUUCUCCAGCCUACUGCAAGAACAGCCAGUAAGGUCCAAGCAAGACAACACAGUAAUGGACCUAGGGCCCAGCCUAGGCCAGAGGACAGCGCUUGAGGAAACAGACAAAAUGUUGCACGGUGUAGAAGUCUCAGGAUUUGGAGCUAUCAAAUAUGAGGAAUUUGGGCUAGGCUUUUUGAAGGAGCCAAAACUGCUCAGCCUCCAGAAGAUGGGCGCAGGGGAGACACCUUACAUGUACACUGAGUGGAAACAGAGCUUUAGCAAAAGGUCAAUCCUCAUCAAAAACCAGAAGAUACCCUCUGGGGAAAACCCUUAUGUGUGCAAGGAAUGUGGACGAGGCUUUACCUGGAAGUCAAACCUUAUCACACACCAGAGGACACACUCAGGGGAGAAACCUUAUGUGUGCAAGGAGUGUGGACGAGGCUUUACUUGGAAGUCAAACCUCUUCACACAUCAGAGGACACAUUCAGGGGUCAAGCCGUAUGUGUGCAAGGAAUGUGAGCAGAGCUUUAGCCUGAAGUCAAACCUUAUCACACACCAGAGGGCACACUCUGGGGAGAAGCCUUAUGUUUGCAGGGAGUGUGGGCAUGGCUUUCGCCAGCAUUCCCAUCUCAUCAGACAUAAGAGGACACAUUCGGGAGAGAAACCUUAUGUUUGCAGGGAGUGUGACCAGAGCUUUAGCCAGAAGUCACACCUCAUUAGACACUUAAGGACCCACACAGGAGAGAAGCCUUACAUAUGCACAGAAUGUGGGCGCCAUUUUAGCUGGAAAUCAAACCUCAAGACACAUCAAAGAACACACUCAGGGGUUAAACCUUAUGUAUGCCUUGAGUGUGGGCAGCGCUUUAGCCUAAAGUCAAACCUCAACAAACACCAGAGGUCACACACAGGGGAGAAGCCAUUUGUGUGCAGGGAAUGUGGACGAGGCUUUACCCGGAAAUCAACCCUGAUCACACACCAGAGGACACAUUCAGGGGAAAAGCCAUUUGUGUGCAGGGAGUGUGGGCGAGGCUUUAAUGAUAAGUCAACCCUCAUCGCACACCAGAGAACACAUUCAGGGGAAAAGCCUUUCAUAUGCAGGGAGUGUGGUAAAAGGUUUAGCCAGAAACCAAACUUAUUUAGGCACAGGAGAGCACACUCAGGUAGUAUACCCUUUGUGUGCAGGGAGUGUGGGCAAGGCUUUUGUGAUAAGUUAACUCUCAUCACACACCAGAAGGCACACUCAGGGGGGAAGCCUCAUGUGUGCAGGGAAUGUGGGCAAGGCUUCAGCCGGCAGUCACACCUUAUUCGACAUCAGAGGAUACAUUCGGGAGAGAAGCCUUAUAUUUGUAGGAAGUGUGAGCGAGGCUUUAGUCGGAAAUCAAACCUCAUCAGACAUCAGAGGACACACCCAGGAUAGGAACCUUCUAUGUACAAGUAUAGUGAAAUCUUUAGCCAAGACUCCUAUUUCAUGAGAUGCCCAAAGUCACACUUAGGGCUGUGGCUUUAGUAAUAAGUCAGCCAUUGCCAGGCACCAAAAUAGAGACAUUUUAUGAGUGACAGGAGUGUUCAGGAGCCUAAUAGUAAAAGUCAACAUCUCCAAUCCAUGUGAAGGAGAACUGCUGGCUCAUUUUCAGGAGCUCUGGCUUUUCCUAGUGGGGAUGAUGGGUUGUGGAAGAUCUGUCAGGUAACUUGUUGGAGGGGGCACUUCUAAGUAGGCUGAAAUUAGGGAAUGGAGACCAUUCUAUCAUCUUCCAAGAACACUUGAACACUCUUUACAUAGUAGCCUGAUAUUAGAGAAACAGCAAUACUAGAGAGCAUCUCUUAAUGUCUGUCUUAUAUUUUUAGAACAAGAGACUUGACAGAAACUAUGGCUGAUUUAGUUUCCCAGAGAUGACCUAGCAAAGUCAGCAUCAGGGAGAGUUUGGGAGAUGGUGAAUUCAUGUGAACAGAGAUGUUGCAUGGGUAGAAGAAGGUUUUAUUAUGGAAAGGGCUGACUGGUGAGAAAGAUUGUGACUAUCCUAGCUCUAGGUUUUGGGAAGGGGUGUCCAUUUUUGCUUGUUUCCUGGGGCUCUCUUUUGUUUCCAGGUUGAGUCCAUACUGAAGAUAUUUUUAUUUACCGGUGUAGAAAUGUAUUAUAUGCUUUCAUAAAGAAAACACCCUUACAUAUACAGAAAUAGAAAAUGAAAUUACUUUCUAUUCUUCUUUGAAUUGCCAUAAUAUAUCCCACAGGUAAUUCUUUGGUUUAAAUCUUUCCAACCAUUAUAAAAUAUAUGAUUUUUCUGGUUGGGAGUACUCUUUUUUUGAGAAUGGCAGUGUCCCACAAAUUAAUUUAUAAUUCUGAGUCAAGGCCCAAUUUUUUUUUUUCAUGGAACUUGACUAAAUGAUUCUGAGUUUUAUUUGGAAAGUAGAAUUUUGAGAUUUUGAGAAACUGUAUAAUAACUUGUCUUUUUAUCUGUGGACAGGUAUUUAGAGUAGAACCAUAUAAAAAUAGGAAAAACCUCACUUGUAUAUGAGUAUUUAGAAAGUGAUGAAACACAAUUUCUUUCUUUUUUUUUGUUUGUUGAUGAAGCACAAUUUCAAGUUAUGAAAAUAGUAAGUACAAUAUUCAGUGUUUGGGUGAUUGGCUCUCAACUUAGGGAAAAAGAAACAUAGGUCCCAAAGUCUCAAUAUCCAAAGUUAGAGUUAGGAAAUCAAAUAAUAUAUAGUAGUUCAAAUAAUAUGAGGUGCAUACAUUUUAUAAAAUUUUAUUUUAUUUUUUAAUUUUAAGUAGGCUCCAUGCCUAACAUGGGGCUUGAACUUAUGAUCCUGAGAUUAAGAGUCACAUGCUCACCUAACUCAGCUAGGCACCCCAAGGUGUGGGAGUCUUAGUUUUUGUUCAAAAUCUAAGUUUGAGUGGAGUAUGCAGAACCUGGUGAAAAAUUAUGAAAUACUAUCCUAGAUGGAGCAGCUGGCAUGGUUUCCCCUUCUCAUUCCUUCCCAUGUUAAAUCCUGGCCUGCUAUUAUUUCUCCUUCUCAAUAGAAAAAUACUUUUAGAGUUUUAAUCUCUUUGCAUCUUAGAAUAUAAUUAUUUUUUUCUAUAAAAAUGUCACAAAAAUAAGGAUUCCCAAAGAAAGUAUGUAUCUUUCACUGUUUUUUUUUUAACUUUAAGAAGAAAUAUUUCAGUUUCAAUGUAAUUGGUCUAUAAAUCCAAACGAUUUUGCCUUAAAUUAUAUAAAAUUCUCAACAAGAAAAAAAUAGAGCACUACUCAUAUCUGAAGAUACAAAUAGAUUCAAAGAGACUCAAACCUGGGGAGACAUUUAUAUAGAACAGCAACCAAACAGAGACUGGAAAUGCUAGAAAGAUGCCCCAUAUUUGGCCCUCCCUAGCCCCCACCUAUACUGAUUCCUUUUUCUUUUUAAGACUUUAUUUAGGGGAUCCCUGGGUGGUUCAGCGGUUGGCUCCUGCCUUUGGCCCAGGGCGCGAUCCUGGAGUCCCGGGAUCGGGUCCCACGUCGGC